ACUCUUCGUUACGACUCGCUUGUGCAAUUACUUACCUUUGCAAAUGUACAUGCAAGUUCCACAGUGCUGCUGACAGAAUCCUACGCAGGCCUUAUUAGUAAAGCCGUCUUGGAGCGUCUGGGUCACCGAAGCUGUGGUAGUCGUCUCAUCAACUUUCAUCACGGAACUUCAACGCCUGUUAUCGAUGUAUCACCUCUCGGUGAUUACUCUCCAAUCUAUUACGUCCAAUUCGAAGAUGUAACCUCUCUUCUUUUAACUGGGAAAUUCGCUCGGGAACACCGUGAAGAAAUCCUUUUAGAUUCUCCACAUCGCAAGAAACCCCGAACUGAGGACCCAGGUAUAGAAACGAUAACAGCGGAGGACGCACCUUCGCAAUCUGAGAAGCCACUCCAAAGGGCCGAAGACGAUGUAGGAAAUCAAAGAAAAAAGCGACAAAAUGGGAAGUAUUGCGCAAUGACACCUGAAAUACGCCAGAAACGACAGGAAGAGAAGCAGAAACAGUGGAAUGAGAUCCGCAGAAUCCUCUGUCCCACUGAGUCCCAACUCUCAUCAGGGUUGGAAGACAGGCCCGACUGCCUGAUUGUGGCUACUAAGUUCUAUCCAGUGGAAAUCACUCUUUUGUUGAUGCAGUUUCUCCCUCCUGGUCGGCCUUUUGUUGUCCAUUCUCACAUCCUCUCAACUCUUGUGGAUCUCUAUAACAUUCUAAAGCGUCGAGGUAGCUGUACACAAUUGCAACUUCACGACACUUGGUUGAGACCGAUUCAAGUCUUGCCGAAUCGAACCCAUCCAGUUAUGAAAAUGACUUCUGGUGGUGGAGGCUUCGUUCUCCGAGGAUAUACAGUUCAACGCCUUGAAGAUCCAGAUGCUCACCUCACUAGAUCUACUAUGCGAGCUUCUACGAAGCAACUCUUCGAUGAAGGACUUAUUUCUUACUCAAAGUAG